AGCCUUCUCCAUUCAACUCCUUCACAGAUUAUCGCUACAUUUCUCUUCCUGGCAGCGGUUCUCGCGUCAGUCAUUUGCCGUCAACGUCUUCGUCCUCUCCCUACGCUGUUGCUGCGCACCGCGGUAUUUGAAGGCAACUAAACUAGCAUCUUUAGUCAACAUCCUGCCGUUUUCAGCGUCUUCACCAGCGUCUGACAAGGCUACAGCGAAGCCUCAAGAAAACGACGUACUUUAGUAGCAACUCCACCCUUCCUCACUACCACCACGACCCACGUAGCUUUUCUCUCUCCCACACACAUACACGCACACGCCUCGUUCUGUGCCCCUGUUCGUUGUUGUUAGAGUAGCAGCACGGCCGAUAUUUGCGAAGCCCGUAGAGGGCCGAAGGAGCAUUAAAGCACACGCGCACACUAUGGCCUCUUCAGCACCCAGGUCCGCCACGCCGGUCUCCUCGGACGAGAAGUGGGAUCACUCGUUGGAAAACCUGAUCCGCAAGUCAACCAUUGGUUUUGCUGUUGGUAUUCUGCCUGGCCUGCUACUCGCCCGCUCGGCGGCGGCGCGUAGUGCCAUCAUCACACUCUGCACGGGUGUGGGCAGCGGCAUCGCGUACGGAGAGGCGCGCUAUCUGUUUGACUACGAUAUAAUGUUUGACAAGCGUCAUCUGAUCCAGUUGCAGAUCGGCAGUCAAGGGGAGCAGAAGGUUGAGUGA